UCACAACACUAUUUCUGGGUUCAAAAAAGAAAAGCUCUCAGUCUCUAUUUUUUUUCUAUACCACAGAAGCACCUAGAACCACAGAGAGAGAACUAAAGGGGGUUUCUUUAUUUAAUUGUAAGAGUAAAAAGAUGAAGGAGAUGCAGGCGAUAGAGACGUCACAGCCGACGGUGGCUGCUCCGGCACCGGCAGUGGUGCAUAGCCGACAGCUAGGGGCACAGCUGUCGGGAAGCAUGAGUUUCAGCAGCCAAAUGUCGAAGGAAGACGAGGAGAUGUCGAGGACGGCUUUGUCUGCUUUCAGGGCGAAAGAAGAGGAGAUCGAGAAGAAGAAGAUGGAGAUUAGGGAAAGGGUUCAAGCUCAGCUCGGUCGUGUCGAAGAAGAGACCAAGCGUCUCGCUUUGAUCCGUGAGGAGCUUGAGGGUUUAGCUGACCCCAUGAGGAAAGAAGUUGCUUUGGUUAGGAAGAAGAUUGAUUCUGUCAACAAAGAGUUGAAGCCGUUGGGUCAUACUGUUCAGAAAAAGGAACGAGAGUACAAAGAAGCUCUUGAAGCAUUCAACGAAAAGAACAGGGAGAAGGUGCAGCUCAUCACCAAGCUUAUGGAGCUGGUGGGAGAGAGCGAAAAGGUGAGAAUGAAGAAGCUGGAAGAGCUAAGCAAGAACAUAGAUUCUAUACACUGACUUUGAAUCCAAGACAGGAACCAAAAAAAAAAAGCUUCUUUGGGGCCAGAGACACCAUUCUCUGAGUGUUUUAACUCUACGUUUAGGUUUUGUGAUGGUUGAAUGUAAUUUAUAUUUUUAUAAUCGUCGUGUGUUAUAUUUGCUACUACCAUCUUCUUCUGUUAGGGUUUUCUGGAGAAUUUAUAAUGUUCUUUAGGAAGUAACUUCAAAAAAAUACUCGUCGAGAUAGGUUUGUAACUAAACACUACUCUCUUUCUUCCUUUGAAUCCUCUUUCUCUU